GGCAUCCCCAACUAUAUGCACACCAUAUAUGGAUUUAUUUUACUGUACCAUUUUGGAGAAAUACACAUUUUUCCACUUCAAAUGCCUAUAGAAACAUUAUUUCUAAUAAGUAGAAAAAACUGAUGGUCGGUUCCAGUAGUGGGCAUCCCCAACUAUAUGCACACCAUAUAAGGAUUUAUUUCACUGUACCAUUUUGGAGAAAUACACAUUUUUCCACUUCAAAUGCCGAUAGAAACAUUAUUUCUAAUAAUUAGAAAAAACUGAUGGUCGGUUUCUGUAGGGGCCAUCCCACACUAUAUGCACACCAUAUAUGGAUUUAUUUUAGUGUAGCAUUUUGGAGAAAUACACAUUUUUCAACUUUGAAAGCCUAUAGAAACAUUAUUUCUAAUAAUAAGAAAAAACUGAUGGUGGGUUUCUGUAGGGGACAUCGCACACUAUAUGCACACCAUAUAUGGAUUCAUUUUACUGUAGAGUCUUGGAGAAAUACACAUUUUUCAACUUCAAAUGCCUAUAGAAACAUUGUUUCUAAUAAGUAGAAAAAACUGAUGGUCCGUUUUAGUAGUGGGCAUCUCCAACUAUAUGCACACCAUACAAGGAUUUAUUUCACUGUAGCAUUUUGGAGAAAUACAAAUAUUUUCAUUUCAAGUUUGCACGCCAGAUCUGAAAAGUCCCUAGUUUGGUCCUCCAGCGAACGGUCUCCCUGCUCCAAACAGAGGAGAUGGACGGCUGGGGGAACCAUCCGGGAAGAGGAAAAAGGUUCUGGAGGACACCAGAGGCUGUCAGUCCCAACUCCAGUUCUGGCCCGAUGCUCAUCCCAGUUCAGCCAGAACUUUUGCUUCUGACACAUGAUGAUGACUACAGCCACGACCUUUUGUCCACCAUAGCCAGAAUAAUAUGGGAUAGACCUAACAUAAUUUAUUCUCUCUGUAGUUUCAGCAGUGUUACAUUAAUAAUCCAGAGGAGAACUGGCCCUCCUGGUUGAGUCUAGUCUCUCCCAAGGUUUCUUCUCCACACUUAUGCAUAUAUACACUAAUAGUGGAGUUUUGGUUCCUUGCCACUGGUUUACUCACUGGGAAAUUGGGUAUUAUUGAAAACUGUUUUGGUAUAUUGUAAUUUUAAGAUUCCAGUACUAAUAAUAUUUAAAAUAAUAUACUUCAAUUAAAUAAUAUACUUCGAUUGAACAAUUUACAGUUUCUAGCAAUCCAACAUAGUAGGAUAUAUUGUAUUCAUAGUAGGAUAUAAUAGUUUUUAUUUCAGAUAAGUUUUAUGUGCAAUGUACAUUGCAAAGAGAUAAACUUGCAAUAAUACCACAUAUUUCAAUAUCAUAUACUGUAUUUUAUUUAUUAAUGUAUUAACUAUUCUUUUUUAAUCAUAAUGUAUGUAAAGGUGCUUUGCAACAUUUAAAUUUGUGAAAAGCACUAUAUAAAUCAAAUGAAUUUAUUUGAGCUUCACAAAUAAUUAAGUGGCAAUAAGAAAGCAUAGUAGAAACAUAUUAAAUGCACAUUUACACAAUAAGGGUAAUAAUUAAGAUGCUUGUCAACUGGAGAUUGUUGUGUAAAUGGGUAACAUUACAUUGUGAGUUUUAGAACUGUUGGAGCUGUCUUGGAAGUGGUGUAAUAACAUAAUGUUAGAGAACGUAAGUUAAGUAAAUGUCAUGGAUGUUCGCUACUACUGUCUCGUCUGCUUUACUGUUUCAUUAUUCUGACUUAUUUUGGAAAGUUAGUUAGGGAUGUUUUUUUUCUGUCAGAUGACCAAUAACCCAUUCAAAUGCAUUCAAAAGCUAAGGAAUAAAGGCAUGUUUUCGCCCUUCAAGUUAUAGCGACAAAAGGGAGCUUCCAGUAAAAACUGGUCUACAGAUAUAAGUGUUCUAGUAAGAGAAAAAGGGACAAAACCACAAAGAUAUCAAGGCCAAAUUGUAUAUCCUUCAAAACAUUUUUAUAUAUCCUCCAAUGCAGUACAGGGUCACUAAUACUGGUGUAUAAAUACUACUCUUAUUUUAUCUUUUUCUUCAGGCAGAAGAGGAAAGAGAUGGCAUGGAAAAAGUAAAACUUGACAACAAAAGAAUUCUCUUUAACCUGCUGCCUGUACACGUGGCUCAACACUUCUUACUAUCAAACCCAAGAAAUAUGGAUCUCUAUUACCAGUCCUAUGCUCAAGUAGGGGUUCUUUUUGCAUCCAUUCCAAAUUUUAAUGACUUUUACAUUGAGCUGGAUGGCAACAACAUGGGCGUAGAGUGUUUAAGACUCCUGAAUGAGAUCAUCGCUGACAUUGAUGAGCUCAUGGACAAAGAGUCCUACAAAGAUAUUGAGAAGAUCAAAACCAUCGGCAGCACGUACAUGGCAGCAGUUGGAUUGGUGCCCACCAUUGGAACCAAGGCGAAGAAUUCCACUGAAGCCCACUUAAGCACAAUAGCAGACUUUGCCAUCGAAAUGUUUGAUGUCGUUGAUGAAAUCAACUAUCAGUCAUAUAAUGAUUUUGUAUUGAGAGUGGGUAUUAAUGUAGGCCCAGUAGUAGCAGGGGUAAUCGGAGCUCGAAGGCCACAGUAUGACAUUUGGGGGAACACAGUAAACGUUGCCAGCCGCAUGGACAGCACUGGUGUCCCAGGAAAGAUCCAGGUUACAGAGGAUGUCCACCAGUUGCUUCAGAACAACUACGAUCUGGUGUGUCGCGGUAAUGUCAGUGUGAAGGGCAAAGGUCAGAUGAUUACUUAUUUCCUGGAGGGCAAAGCCCAGGACGCAGGCAACAGAGCACCACAUCACACUGGUGGUCUAGAGCGGAGAGUUCAUGCCAUCGCUCGCACAAGUAGUGCACAAACCAAGACUGAUAGUACCUCAUCUGUCACCUCAGGCUUUGUUGCUAGGGUUGGCAUAAGCAACACCCAAGGGACACACAGUCGCAGUGCUGCCACCUACAUACCAACUGUAGAAGAAGGGGAGGAGACCAAGGAAGAAAGUGUGUUGUAGGAGGACAGAUCUCACUGGGACAGAGAAAUGUCAGUGAUUAAACUGAAUGACAUAAUAUUGACAGAGCUGUGAAGGGUGAAAAAACUGUCGUUUCCAUGAUUUAGAAAAACACCAGCAACAUGAGUUAAAAUUUUAUGAAAACUUCAGGUAAUGUCUAAGAUGUUGAAAGAAUGCAAGAAUUGUCUUCCCUUUUGAUUAAUAUCCCUUCCCUGAUGCAUCAGCUUUCUCAUUUGGUCUACAUUACAGCUUAGCUCAAUGUUAAAUCCAAAUUGACCCUUUACUUUUUAUGACACAAUUUAAAUGCACAAUAAUUCCUUCAUUACACAUUUCAAGGCUUUGUUGUGCACAAUUUGUUAGCGUGUACUAAUCCCAACAAAGAAAAAUGUUUGUCUUUAUGAUCGAACAUCAAAAAUAACUUGCUAUGCCUCUCAAAUGACUUAUUUUACGGGUGAUGUCAUAUAGGCUGUGUGCAGGCUAUUGGUCAGAUUGACCCAACAGGCAUGGAGCUAUUUAUGCAGUUACGUUUUAAGAAAUACAGCCUUCUUAAAUCUUGUCAAUAGUUCAUACAGUAAUUUACUGUUAUUAACAUAAAUAAAGGUUUUAGCAAUAACAGCAAAUAACAAUUUGAAGAACUACCAUUGAGAUGUUUUAAUGUACUCUAGAGGAUGGACUUAAUCUCUAGCCUGCAUACUAUAUAAAGGUCAAAGAGGCGUUGUAGUGUUUCAAGAGGGAAGUUCCCUUCUGGAACGUUUUGGAAGCCAAAUGGGUUGUGAAUCCCAUUUCAUGUUUCAUGACUUUAAAUGCUCAACAUUUCUUUUAAACAUAAGCAGUUUUCAUAUUCAAAAUAGCAUGUGUGCACAGCUACUGUACAAGACAGUAUAUAAUCACAGCAUAUAGGGUCUUUAAAAUAUGUAUUUUUAAAGUAAGUCUUCUGUUUCUUAAACUGCAGGAAGUGUGCAGUGUGAAACCAAAAAUGAUUUAUCAAGGCAUAACCUCUUUUUUAAUAUCAUUAGCCAAAAUCUUUAACCUGUUUAACUCUGUGACAUUCUUCUGUGACGGAUUUCCGCCUGAAUUUGGCAUACCCAGUUUUAUAAGCACACCAUACCCACAUAGAGUGGUGUAAAUAAGACAUUAUUGUGUCACUUUACAGCAAAUCUCCCAAAAUUACAAAAAACACAGUUGAAAGGGAUAAAUAUGAUUGUAUAUGUUUUCGGUCCUAUGAGAAACCAACAAAAAAGGUGAUCUUUUUCUUUACUUUUUUCUAAAAUCUGUGUUUAAAAGUGUAUUACUCUGCCCGUGUCCUCCAGGAACCUGCCGAUAGCUUUACUUGAUUCCAGCAAGUGUCUGCAAAUAGAAGUAAAAAUAUUUUUUUCUCUAUCCCAUACUACUGAGGAGUUAUUCUAAUGUACUCUUGGGAAGGCAAAGUGGCCUUUUUUGUGAUUUCCGCCUGAUUUUGUCAUACCCAAUUUUAAAAGCACACCAUACCCACAUAGAGUGGUGUAAAUUAGAAAUGCUUGUGUCAUUUAUAGGAAACCCCUAAAAAUUUCAUAAAAUACUGUUGAAAAUGAUUACCAUAAGACUAUCAACACAUACAAUCAUGGUUAACACAAAAAACACAAGGCGCUUUUUUUUUUGUUCUAAAGUCUGUUUUUGAAAGUGUAUAACUCUGGACCUUUGCAUUCCAGAAACCUGCAAAAACUGAUAGUUGAUUCUAACAGAUCUCAAUAAAUA